AUGGAGCUUCGUUUUGUUGCAAUUCUUGUUUCAAUCACUUUGUUCCUCUUCUUUGAUGCCUACUUAUGCACCGCUGCUACUCCCAUUUACUCUUCAAGGCUGAUUCACAGAUUUGCAGACGAAGCGCAGCAAUUGUGGGUGUCGAAAGGGAAGAGCAACGGAAAAAGAAACACCCAAGGGGCGUGGCCAGAGAAAAAGAGCUUGGAACAUAUGAGAUUGCUAUUGGGCGGUGAUUUGAAGCGGCAGAGGCUCAGGCUUGGGACCCAGAAUCAGCUUUUGGUUCCUUCCCAAGGCGGCCAAACUUAUAACUAUGGCAAUGACUUGGGUUGGUUGCAUUAUACAUGGAUUGAUGUGGGGACGCCAAAAACUUCUUUCCUUGUCGCGUUGGAUGCUGGAAGUGAUUUGUUUUGGGUUCCUUGUGAUUGCGUAAAAUGUGCUUCAUUGUCUUUAAGUCACUACUCCAUGUUGGAUAGAGAUCUGAGUCAGUAUAGUCCAUCCUGCUCGAGCACUAGCAAGCAGUUACCUUGCAGCCAUGAGUUGUGCGACCAUGGGUCCAAUUGCAAAAACCCGAAGGAGAACUGCACUUACACUGUUAAAUAUUUAUCUGAAGAUACUUCAAGCUCGGGAUUUCUAUUCGAGGAUCAGAUGCAUUUGGCCUCUAUGGGAGGAAACAAACAGCCAAGUACUGCCAGGGCUUCUGUAGUUUUAGGCUGUGGUAUCAAACAAAGUGGUGAUUAUUUAAAUGGAAUUGCCCCUGACGGUCUCUUGGGAUUGGGGCCUGGGAGCAUUUCUGUUCCUAGUUUGCUUGCAAAAUCGGGACUUGUUCCACAGUCAUUCUCAUUUUGCUAUGACCAGAACGAUUCUGGGAGACUGUUAUUUGGUGAUCAAGGGCCUACAUCUCAAAAAUCUACUCCAUUUUUACCAUUAAAAGGAAAAACUGUUGCCUAUAUUGUCGAAGUGGAGAAUUACUGUGUUGCGAAUUCCUGUCAAAAGAUAACUGAAUUUAAAGCACAAGUAGAUACUGGGUCAUCAUUCACAUAUCUUCCACAUGAGAUAUAUGAACAUGUUGUUGCUGAGUUUGACAAACAAGUUAAUGCAAAAAGGAUCCCGGCACAAGGAUUUGACUACUGUUACAAGGCUAGUUCACUGAAAUUUCCCAGCAUGAAACUUGUUUUUUCCAUGAACCAAAGCUUUGUAGUUGAGAAUCCCAUGUUCCAGAUUUCUGAUGAUAACCAGGAGGGAGAGUUAAGUUGCUUAGGCGUACAUCCUAUGGACGGCAAUAUUGGUAUCAUAGGACAAAACUUCCUGAUGGGUUACCGCAUAGUUUUUGAUUGGGAGAAGUUGAAGCUGAGUUGGUCUAUUUCCAAUUGUCAAGACAUUGGCGACAGCUGGGAAGUACACCCGACACCUCCACCAGGUGGUGCAUCCCCAAAAUCGUUGCCAAUAGUUGAAGAACAGCGCCCCCUGGUUUAA